CUCAUUCACACCAAUUUAUCUGGCCAUGAUCUAUAACUACAAAACUGAUGUAUUGAUGAUAAAUGAAUAACAACCUUAAAAGAGGCAUUCUUGCGUCUCAUCCUUAUCGCCGGCUUAACCUUGGCGUGGCACCGGCUCUGGAAGCGCUGGCGGUUCAGUAUCUACGUCCACUCUGCCCAAGAAGGAUGUCUCCGGGCAGAUCCUUCGCCAUCCUGGUGUUGGCAACGGCGACAAUCCUUCCCGCAGCGGCCGGGGAAGACAUCGUUGCCAACACGGUGGAAGGAAAGAUCUCGGGAAUUAAGGAGGAAACAGUGGGUGGAAGGACUUUCUUCUCCUUCUACGGCGUUCCCUUCGCGAAGCCGCCCGUCGGGAAGCUCAGGUUUAAGGACCCUGUCCCUGCCGAGCCAUGGGAAGGAGUGAAAAAUGGCUCGUCCUUCGCUCCGGCUUGUCCUCAGUACGGCUUCUUCGACCCCGAGACACUCAUAGGCUCCGAGGACUGCCUGUACCUCAAUGUCUUCACUCCGCAGUUACCCGAGGGCGCUGGCGACGACCUCCUGCCCGUCAUGGUGUACAUCCACGGGGGCGCCUUCUUCGCGGGCUCGGCGAACUACGGUCGAGCGAAUGUCUUACUAGACGGAGAUGUCGUUGUGGUUAUCAUUCAGUAUCGCCUUGGCACUCUGGGAUUCCUUUCCACCGAGGACGAAGUGAUCCCGGGGAACUUCGGGCUGAAGGACCAGUCCCUCGCCCUCCGCUGGGUGCAGAGGAACAUCCGCCACUUCGGCGGUGACCCGAGCCAGGUCACGGUCUUUGGGCUCAGCGCAGGAGCAGCUUCCGUUCACUACCAGAUCCUGUCGCCGCAUAGUGAGGGGCUCUUCCAGCGGGCGAUCAUGCAGUCGGGGUCGGCGCUAUGCCCGUGGGCGACGGGCGGCGCCUUCAGGGAGGUGGCGCUGUACACGGGGACUCUAGUUGGCUGCUCCGCCUCCGACAGUCAGCUGCUUCUGGAGUGCUUGCAGGAGGCCGACACUGAUGUUUUGGUCACCGUCGUGUGGAAGCUCAUGGCGUUUCACAUCAACCCCAUUAUCUUUGGACCGCGCGUGGACAAAGACUUCAUCCCGGAUAACCCUUAUAGACUGGUGAAAGAAGGGCGUCACCAACACGUCGAUGUCAUCUCGGGGGUGACGUCGCACGAGGGAAGUCUCUUCUCUUCAGGUAUCUACAAGGAUGAGGAGAUCCUGGAGGACUUCAGCAAGAACUUCGCCGUCAAAGGACCCAUCAUACUCGAGUUCCGAGAGGGGGACGUCGACCUGAGCGCCACCAGUGAGAAGAUCUUCCGACACUAUGCAGGCGCAACGCAUCUCACCCUCUCUCAUGCAGAUGCAGUUAACGAGAUGCUGGGUGAUCGCCACUUCGUUCUGCCACACGACAUCACGACUGAGUACCUCGUUCGCAACAACGCUUCGACCAAUGUCUAUACAUACAAAUUCACACAUCACGGGGACUUUAGCGUGCUGGCAAUAACCCCGUCACUACUCAACGAUAAGCCUUGGGUGGGUCACGGACACGACAUGGCGUACCACUUCCCCGGAUGGCUGUCUCCUACCUCCCCUUCUCCCGAGGACCUUAAGAUGAGAAACCUUAUGGUGAAGCUGUGGGUCAACUUCGCCACCACUGGGAACCCGACGCCUGAUGACAGCUUGGGAUUCACGUGGGACCCCAUAACCCAGGAGACAAGUCACCGUCACUUGAACCUCAAUACUAAUCCUGUUAUGGAGGAGGAAAGCCGUCAGGAGGUCUUAGACUUUUGGGCGACUCUUCCGUUGCUGGAGAACGUCAUCCUGGACCCCGAGAAGAUCACCGAACUCGGACGCUAUUGGGUGGAACUGACCAAUCAGGGAGCUCAGCCGCGAGUCGAGCCGGGGAGCGAGACACCCAAGAAGCCAACGAAGCAUCGGGUUCGAGAUGAGCUCUGAAACGAUCGCAUUUUAUUCCUGGAUUAAGUUCCUUGAAUUAACACUUGUUUGUUAGUUUAAUGUUAGUGAAUUUAAAUGAUUUUCUAGAACAAAUAUAUGAGUGAGAUUGUUUC